UUUAUGAAACGAAGUGCGCGUUUGCAAGGAAUCAGCCCCGUGUGGCUUUAAUUGUCUUUUUCUUUUUUAAAGCAGAGCAUCUCUAAAGAUUCCUGUUAGUAAAAACGCGUUGGCUCUUGGAUAUCUUGUUAUUCGGACUCUAACGGAGUUAGCCUGCAAGGGCAUUGAGGCACGAUGACCUGCCCUGAGAAUGAAACAGAGCGAAGUGCCUGCGGAAACCAGCAUGAUCUACAAGAGAACUGUGGGGUCAUGUGCCAGGAAGAUGCAGACGGGGAAAACCUCUGGGACCCCUUUGGGCUUCUGCAGAUUGACGUGGGUUGUGCGAGUGCCCGGGAUCCGUUCCCAGGGAGCGAGGAUUGGUGUUCGAGAAAUGUUUUAAGGAAACAGAGGCACUGGGAGAAGAUUGUUUCAGCGAAGAAGAGCAAAAGAAAACGUGAGAGAGAACGGCGUAAAGCGAAGCAUGUUGAGGAGAAAGGUGCUGCUCCCAGGCCCAGCAAACGGGAAUUAAAAGUGAUUGUAAAAGAGCGCCUCCUGGUGGCCAAGGAAACAGGCCCUCGGUUGUGUAUCGAUUUGAGUAUGACCAGUCACAUGACUAAGAAGGAAAUAAGCCGUCUUGCCACUCAGAUAAGGCGGCUCUAUGGGUCAAACAAGAAAGCUCAAACUCCCUUUUGGCUCUACCUCACUGGGUGUGCAAAAAACAGCCCAAUUUAUGAUGCAUGCCUAAGGAUGAAUGAUGGAUUUACCACCUACCUCAUGGAUGUUACUCCGGAAAGCUAUCUUGACCUGUUUCCUUUAGAAACUAUUGUUUACCUCACUCCAGACUCUGAGAAUGCUCUUGAGGAAGUUGAUCCACAAAAAGUGCAUAUCCUUGGCGGGUUGGUGGAUGAAAGCAUCCAAAAGAGACUCACCUUUCAAAGAGCCCAGGAGAAACAUCUGCAGACAGCACGACUGCCAAUCCAAGAGUACAUGGUAAAGAAUGUCAAUGCAAGAAACUACCACUCAACGACAUUAGCAAUCAACCAAGUGUUUGAUGCCUUAUCAACUUUCUAUGAGACCAAGAGCUGGGAAGAAGCCCUUAAAGCUGCAGUUUCUCCUGGAAAAGGAUAUGUCCUUCGAGAGACAACACUAUGACAAAAGGAACCUGCAUGCAAGUGGGGGAGACGGUGGUAAUGAUGGGAUGGGGGUUAAAGUCUGUCUUCAAUAACCUGUUACUACUGAACUGGUCUCCACUUCUGCUUGUCGUACUUUCUCAGAAAAGAUUAGGACCAAUCAAUUGCUUGUUCUUGGUGAAUCUAUGGCCAUGGCUAGACCAGGCCUAUAUCCUGGGAUUGUCCCGGGAUCAUCCCUGUGCAUCCAAAUGACACACAGGGGAUCCCGGGAGCAGGCAGGGACGACCCCUCCAUUUGCCUGGGAUAAUCCUUAGGUCUAGCUAAGGUUCUUUGACUUCUUUCAUAUUAACUGUAAGCCACCAAGGUCAAGAUCUUCCUUUCCCUGUGUAAGCAGAACAUUUGUUUUGAGAGGGUUUUUUUAAAAACUGAGAAGCAUCUAAUACCUUUAUUUAAUAAACCAGUGUUCCAUCAUA